GUGCCGGGCCGUUUCAAGCUCAAGCCGGCUGGGCUGGACUGGGCGGCCCCGAGGGAGCGCGCCCCGGAUCCCCACCGACGCCCGUGUGCAGAGCGCGGGCCGGAUGCGCACCAUGGACCCGAAGAUCAACGCAGGCGGCGAAGAGGAGGACUGCGUGGACUCGGGCGCCGAGACCGGAGGGUCCGACUACAGCCACUUGUCCUCCACCAGCAGUGAGCUCUCCGUGGAAGAGGCGCAGGACCCUUUCCUGGUGAGCAUCCACAUCAUCGCAGACCCAGGGGAGUCCCGGCCACUGCAGGAGGCCAUCGACAAAGUCUUGGCGUGGAUCCACCCGGACCUCCCGCUGUUCCGGGUGUCUGAGCGGCGGGUGGGCCGGCGGCGGCGGAAGCCCCCCAAGGGCGCGCAGCCGGCGCUGGCCGUGGUGCUGUUCCUUCAGGAAGAAUAUGGCGAGGAGCAGAUCCUGCAGCUGCACCGCACGCUGCAGAGGCCCCCCUGGCGCCACCACCACACGGAGCGCGUGCAUGGUCGCUUCGUGCCCUACAUGCCCUGCAGCCAGGACUUCUUCACGCUGGCUCCGGGGACGCCGCUGUGGGCCAUCCGGCCGGUGCACUAUGGCAAGGAGAUCGUGCGCUUCACCAUCUACUGUCGCCACGACAGUUACGCCGACAGCCUCCAGUUCUACGAGCUCAUCCUGGGCCGGAGCCCCAGCCAGAGGAAGGCGGACUUCUGCAUCUUCCCCAUUUUCUCCAAUCUGGACGUGGAUAUCCAGUUCUCCCUGAAAAGACUACCCUGUGACCAGAGCCCGGUGCCCACAGACUCCUCCUUGUUGGAGUUUCGGGUAAAGGACAUUGGGGAGUUGGUGCCGCUCCUGCCUAACCCGUGCAGCCCCAUCAGUGAGGGGCGCUGGCAGACGGAGGACCAUGAUGGAAACAAGAUCCUUCUGCAGGCACAGAGGGUGCACAAGAAGUUUCCCAAACCCAGAAGAGCACACCACUCCUCCGAGAAGAGGCCUUGUUCCACUCCUUCACCCAACGCCACUGCCCCAAGCCAUGCACCAGGCAGCAGCCAGCCGUCCUUGCACGACUGUCCAGUCCUGGGGCCCAGCCCAAUAGGCCCAUCUCUUGGACACCAGCAGGAAUGUGCCAGACAAGCCAGCAGCAGCACCCCCAGCCCUCUCUGGUCUUUCCAGAGAAGCAAAUCCUUGUUUUGCUUGCCCACUGGAGGCCCCUCUCUAGCCUCCUCAGCUGAACCUCAGUGGUUUUCAAGUACAGGUCCCCCAGGGCACAGAGCAUCAGAGUGGAGGCCUGGCCACCUUGUCUCCGUCGAUGACUUAGAGGGAGCUCAGGAGACAGAUGUGGACACAGGCCUGCGGCUGUCCUCCUCCGACCUGUCUGUGGUUUCUGCGUAUUCUGCACCCAGUAGGUUCUGCAACUUGGUGCAAACUUCUGGCCCCUCUGACAGAUGCAGCAGCCACUGGCCAACACACAAGGGUCCCAGAGAAGGGCCACUACCCACUGCCAGCGGGGCGACCUCAGAGACCUCCUUAGCUUCCCGUCCCUUCUUCACCAAAGGGUGUCCCAACUCCUCAGAGACAGAGGUCACUGUUCCCCCAGCUCCCAGCACCUCCUUGCUCACAGAGUCAUCCCCACAGCUCCCUUCUGAAGCUCCCAAAGUCCCACAGGCUGGCCAAGAAGGGCCACCACCCGAGUUGGCUGGGUCUGGGGAUAAUGACAUGGAGGAGUUCUACAUCUGA